GGACCCUUUUUCUCGGUUAUUCACUACUGGACUAGCACGACAAGCGCAUCUGCGAUACGCUUGACAGUGCCUCACGACCUCUCGGCUCGUCGACCGAAUGGGAAAUGUUUUAGACCGUAAACCAACUCACUGAUCAAAGUACAAGUUUCACGAACCACUUCAGCAACAACAUCAUCGGCGUGGAGGGUGAAGCAAGUGAUGGAUAUGGGAAACCGCAACGUUGCCAAGCGCAAUGAGGAAGAGGAGGAGAUUCGAGAUGUCCGCCGACAGAUGCAAGAUGCCGAAGCAGCAAACGCUCAAGCUGUCGCCGCCGCCGCAGCGAAGCAAGCUGGAGCACCAAAUGCCAACGCGCUGCCUCUCGACCCAAACCAGCUUCUCUCAGUCCUCGGCCUGCUUAGCGGCCAACCUCAAGCCACGCCAGCAGCACCUGGACAGCCUGGAGCCACGGGAUUGCCUCCGAACAACAAUGCCAACGUACCGACAGUGACCAUCUUCGUGACGGUGACGCCUCCGGCUGCGACACAGACUGUGAUGAUCAUGGUCCCGACAACAGUCACGGUGACUGCGACACCGGUAGCGCCGCCCCCGGUCAAUCAGCCUCCUCCACCACCACCGGCCCCGCCAGUCCAGACAUCACCACCGCCGCCAGCGCCUCCGAUGAGUACUCCGCCGCCUCCUCCUCCGCCGGUAGUCGCGCCUCCACCACCACCACCCCCUCCACCAGCUAGCGGGCUCACUAUGCCUCUUGUCGGAGCCAGCCCAUUCCCGAUGCCGCCUCCCCCGGCGUCGGUGUCUGCCCCCAUGUCUUCAGCAUCAUCAACGGGUACUCCCAAGGGAGCGGGCGGUACUCCCACGGCUGUUGUGUUAUUAGGUGUCUUUGGAGGUGUUGAGAGUCCAGCUGGUGUGUCACUCUUGGCAAUGGGAGCGUUUGUGUAUGGCUUGAUGAGAAGAAGAAAGAAUAAGACUGAAGCAGAGAUCCUGUGUACCGUAGGCGCUGACGAGUUAUCAGACUGCGAGCGUUCAGAGCAUGCAGAUCGGAAGGCCUAUGCCCUCCUGAUUUCUUCAACAGAAUCAGUGAGGCAUGGUGUUGUAGACUUUUCCCAGAUUAUUGGCGGUGUCAUCAAGGCAACUUCAUGGUCUAGAGUUGAUAGCAAAACCUGA